CGUGAAAAAGUUUUGUUCUUACAGUAUUUCUGUUGAGUGACUGUAUAGUAGUCAGAACAGUGAGGGAAGCUUUCAGCCGUCUGUAAAGUUAACAAAGUCCUCUCCUUAUUUAGCUCUCAUUGUGCGUCUGUAUGAAUGUGUGUCAAAGAGACGAGGCGCGACUGUUGUUUAUGCGUUUGUGAGCGAGGGAGUGGGACGGAAAUAAAGGGAGGGGAGAUAGCUAAGCGGAGAGGUGCUUCUAAUUGCUUUCAUUUUUCUCUAAUGACCGCCGUGCCCCGAGGAGGAACGGAAACACAGAUCGGCUGUCAGUCUCAGCACACAGACUGCAGGGAGAAGGACUCCUCUGGACGCACGCGCGCGCGUUUGCACCUGUUGAGCGUAUCUAUUCACGUCCAGCAGUCAUGGCCGUCUCCACAGCUGUGUGAGAGGGUGCUCGUGUCUAUCUGGGGUCUUCCUAUCUUACAGGAGAGAGAUGUCAUCGCUCUAUUCGCGCAGCAAGGACCUUCCCUCUCGCUCCAGAAAGUCCCUGUCGGACUCGCCGCCCUCCUCCCCGUCCUACAGCACCAAAACCUUCAGACAAGACCGGGCCUCAAGCAGGUCAGACUCUAGUGGUGUGGAGCCUGCGUCAGACAGACUGUCAGCUCGGACCAGCACAUACACACGCAGAGAGAACAGACUCGCCUCUCUGAGCAAAACUGAGGACGACUCGGCCAGCAAGGACUAUAAGAAGCUGUAUGAGGAUGCACUGACUGAGAAUGAGAAGCUGAAGUCUCGACUGGAGGACAGCAAACAGGAGCUCACCAAAAUCCGCUCACAGCUUGACAGAGUCACACAGAAGCAGGACAGAAUGUCAGAGAGGUCCACUGUAUUUGAAUCAGAAAAAAGGGAAAAAGAAGCAUUGGAGAAGAGGGUUUCGGACAUGGAAGAAGAAUUCAAGACCUUUCCUGCUCUGGCUCGGCUACAGGCUCUCCGCAGUGGGAACGCGUGCCUCCUACAUGAGAAUAAAGCCAUGCUGUGCUCCCUCGCUCGCCUCACUCAGACGGCCUCUCUCCCCGAGACAGACGAUCUCUAGUCCUCCUCUUUAUCUCUCUCUGUCCUUUCCUGCUUCCUGUUCUCUCCGCUGCACCCUGUAGUCCUCUUCCUUUGUCUGCUGCUGUUCACCUCUCAGGUUUUGACAGAACUCAAGUCUGAUAACCAGCGGCUCAAAGAUGAGAAUGGAGCCUUAAUCAGAGUCAUCAGCAAACUUUCCAAGUGAGGACGACCGGUUGGAGGAGGGGAGGAGAAACACUGAACAGAGAGACACCAAAUCUGAGAACUUCACAUUGACUUCAAACUGACCAUUGUCAUGCCGGGUAAUGGUUUGUGUCGGCACUUGCUCUUGGUGCAUCAGCUCCAGGGUUAAAGAGAUUGACUCACAUUUUUUUUUUAAUUUUUAUUCUGUCAUAAUUUACUCGCUCAUGUCGUUACAAACUGGUACGGCUUUCUUUCUUCUGUGGAACAUAAAAGAAGAUAUUUUGAGAAAUGUCUCAGUCUUUUUUGUUCACACAAUAUAAGUCAUUGGUCACCAAAAUGGGUUGGUUACCAAAAUGCAUCAGAAUAAUAUUUUUUUUUGUGUGUGUGUGUGUGUGUGUGUGUGUGUGUGUGUGUUCCAUAGAAGAAAGUAGGUAUCCACUCUCUUACAAAAUAAGGUGGUAGCUGGUUUAGGUGGUUGACUGACAGGGCUACUGGCUAUUAGAGCUGAGGUCAUCUAUCAUAAUUGACCUGGUCAGAGCUGAUCAUUCAUUUUACUGGUGAAGGCCUGGCUGAGUUGGUUAACAGUGUUCAAAAACAUAACUUGAACUAGUUAACUGGUUUCACCACCUUAACCUGGGUUGACCUGGUUUAGUAACACUCAAGUAACACUCUAGGAACAGUGUUGGUUUCUCCCACGGAAGCAUUCAAUCAACGGAAUAUUUUCUCACUAUUAACCAUUACUAAACUCUAAAUCAGGGGUGCCCAACCCUGCUCCUGGCGAUCGACUGUCCUGCAAAGUUCAGCUCCAACCCUAAUCAAACACACCUGAAGCAACUAAUUAAGGUCU